AUGUCAUUAAUAAUUAAUACGUUAUUAUUAUGUACAAUUUUAUCUGAUAUUAAUAUAAAUUUUAUAGCUGAAACUGAACACAAGAGAAAAGUUAAAGAAGCUCAUUUACAAGCACCAAUUCCUGAUAAAUCAUCAUCAACAUCUUCAAAUGUAAUUCUUACUGAAAGAAGAGCUGAUGUUCAAUUAGUAACUUCACAAAUACAAGAGGAUUCAAGAAAUUCUGGAGGCAAUAAAAGUUCAACUAUAAUGACGAGAUCAAGUUCAACAAAAGAAAAAAACAACUAA